GAAAACCCAGAGAGUAGAGAGAAGAGAAGAAAAACUCUCUCUCCUCUCUUUCUCUGCAACAAACCAAAACUCCAUUUAUGGAAACACAGCAAAACCAUUAAAAUAAAAACCAAAACCAAUUAUCGUCAUUCAGCAAUGUCUCUUUUUCGAUCGACCUGUACUGUUUUUAUCGUUCUUUUUCUCGUGUACUCUUCUUUGAGUAAUGCAAUUCGUUCUUUCCCCAUUACUGAAGAUGAAGAAGAAAGGGUUUCUGGGAAAACCCUCAUCAGAUUAUUUGAUAACUUUGAUUUACCAAGAUUUGCGGAAGCCCCAGAGUACAGAAACGGGAAAGAAUGUACGAGUAAUGGUUCUUCUUCUUCUUCAUCAUCUUCUUGUGAUCCUUCUCAUGUUCAUAUCUCAAUGACACUUGAUUCAGAGUACUUAAGAGGAUCAAUGGCAGCUAUUCAUUCAGUUCUUAAGCAUUCUUCUUGUCCUGAAAACAUAUUUUUCCACUUCAUAGCUUCCGAGUCAAACUCAGUUAAACCGAGUUCGUUAACUCAGCACGUCCGAUCCACAUUCCCUUCGUUGAAUUUCAAAGUGUACCACUUCGAUGAAAGUCACGUCAAGACUCUAAUCUCUUCAUCAAUUCGAGUGGCUCUUGAGAACCCAUUGAAUUACGCAAGAAAUUACUUAGCUGAUAUUCUUGAAGACUGUGUUGAUCGAGUGAUUUAUCUUGAUUCGGAUAUUGUAGUAGUUGAUGAUAUACAGAAACUAUGGAAUAUUGAGUUGACUAAGUCAAGGGUCAUUGGUGCACCACAGUACUGUCAUACCAAUUUCACUACUUAUUUCACUGAUGAUUUCUGGUUCGAUUCAAGUAUUUCUAAAGUUUUUCAUGGCAGAAAUCCAUGUUAUUUCAAUACAGGUGUAAUGAUAAUGGAUUUAGUGAAAUGGAGAGAAGGAAAUUACACUGAGAAGAUUGAGAAAUGGAUGGAAUUACAAAAGGAGAGAAGGAUAUAUGAGCUGGGUUCAUUGCCACCGUUUUUACUGGUAUUUGGUGGUGAUAUUGAAGCAAUAGAUCAUAAAUGGAAUCAACAUGGACUUGGUGGUGAUAAUGUGAAAGGUAGUUGUAGAUUAUUACAUCCUGGUCCAGUUAGUUUGUUACAUUGGAGUGGUAAAGGGAAACCAUGGUUAAGGCUUGAUGAAGGUAAUCCAUGUCCACUUGAUCAUCUUUGGUUACCUUAUGAUCUUUACUUACAUAAUCAUCAUAGAAGUCUACUUCAUCAAGAUAUGUAAACAAACACGGCUCCUCCAUUUCUUUCUCUUUUUUUUGAUCAAUUUUAUUGUUUGUCAUAAUUUUUUAAUUUUUUUUUCUUGAUAUACUGUAUAUUGUUCAAAACAUGAGUAAGAACGUAUUAAUUUGAUAGAGUUUACUGAGAUUCUAAUGGUUGAAUAUUUGAUUGAGUGA